AUGGGAGAAAUAGCGAGGAUUUUCACAUUUGCCGUGUGCCACGGUAGAUCAACAAACAUUUUUAAAAAUCAGCUAUCAACUUGUUUGAAACGACCUCUAGUGUGUGCUUCGUCGCCGGCUGUGUGCUGCGACAGAAGUGCGCACACGCAAGACAUCACCAGAAACAUUAAACACAUCAGCAACGACAAGAUCAAACUCUCCGUAGACCCUCAAACUAUGAAAUGUGCUGAACCAAUAAACAAACCCAUGUGUAUCAUGCUGAGCUGGUUGCUGUCGAAGCCAAAGCACGUGCUGAAGUACGCGCAACUUUACUUGGAACAGGGCUAUGACGUCAUCUCCGUAUCCUGCACACCAUGGCAGCUCAUGCGACCUAUGAACGGAGUAAAGAUGGUGGCUCGAGACCUGAUCAAGUUUAUGUACCAUAAUGGUGACAGGUUUGUAGUACACGGCUUCUCUGUGGGCGGCUACGUAUGGUCAGAGGGUCUCGUCUAUGCUGUUAAUAAUAAGAAAUUAUACCAGCCGGUGCUGGACCGUGUGGAGGCGCAGGUGUGGGACUCCGUGGCUGACCUGACCGCGGUCACAGUGGGAGUACCGCACGCGCUCUUCCCCAACAGCAAACUCCUGCGUAGUACUUUGCAUUCCACUUUAGAAUUAUACCUGAAAGUGUUCAGUUCAGUGACGGCGCAGUACAAGCUCGCAUCUGACACGUACUAUUCCACACCUUGUCGUGCUCCCGGACUCUUCCUGCUGUCCAGUAGCGACCCUGUCGGCGCAGAAACCAACAUUCAAAACGCUCAUGACACAUGGAUGCAGAUGGGGAUCAAGUGCACUUGGAAGUGCUGGGAGAACUCUCCCCAUGUGUUACACUACAUGCAUCAUCCGGAAGAGUACCGCGACCUACUGCUGGCUCACCUGCGCGAACAUACGACUGUACUUCGCGAGAGUGCCUCUGAGAGACACCAUGACAGUAUCCAUGAAAAGAAACGUGCUACCGCCUAAAUAGUCUGUGAUAAUUUACGUCGUUUUAG